AUGGGUGUUUGGCGACUGUACAACUCAAGGAAGCGGGCUGAUGGAGAAAUCGAUAAUUUCUUGUGGAAAGUACAAAACCUUCGAAGAGUAAAUGCGGGAGAGCCUAAACUACAGCGAGGGCUUGGGAAGCUUAAGGCGAAACUAGCUUGGUUGUACCCGCCGUUUCACGAAAAGUUAAAUGAAUCAAAGUUAUAUCAUCGAAUCUUUAAAGAGAAAACUCAAGAGAAUUGCGUGGCUCGUCUAGUACGAGAUAUAGUCAUAUUUGAAAUCUUCGGAGUUCUUGUUUACUCAAUACUCUGUUUAAAAUAUGUAAAGGAUCCUGCUCUAGCUGGUACACUUGUUUCCAUCCCCGUUCAUAUAGUUCUCUCUUUAAUGUUCGUCUUCCCUUCGAUCAUGUAUUAUUUCAUGCUUUCAACUCACCGGAUGUUUUCUUCGAAAUUACGAACACUUUUCCUGGUAGUUAUACUAUCUAUAUCUUUCGAUGGGCCAGCAAUGAACGCUUUGAACAACGUUCAUAAAAUGGCUGAAGGCGUUGGCUGCAUACAAGAAGAUGUUAUGGGGUCUGUACAUGCGGUUGAUGAGAAUAUAGUGAAACACGGACAAAUGGCUGUACAAAUAGUUCAGAAGUUGAUACAUGACGUCUCGGAACCGUUAAAUUACUUCCGAAAUCUGCUGCAUAGACUAGAUCGAGGAGUCAACAGGGUGAUACAAAUGAUUCAAAAUUCAUGGAAACAUCUUUCAGAAGUAACAAAUGAGUGUAAGAAGGCCAUGAGAGGUCCAUAUAUAACUUGUUUGAACACUUUUCGCAAAGCUUACUUGACAUGUACAUCUAACGAAGCUAACUUAGGAACUCAUGUUUGUGACAAAAUCAAAGAAGCUAGUAAAAUGUGUGAUGCUGGCAAGACAGCUGGAGGAUCGGUUUGUAACUUUCCUGAGAAGAUACAAGGAGGCAUCACUGAAGGAGUGAUCCCAUUCUACAAAGCGUUUUGGAAGAAGGUGUUCUGGGUAAUUAAAAAGGCCCACUAUUUUCAUAUUAAAGCGUUCAAAUAUCUGGAUGGCAAACGAAGGAACAUCACAACUGAAAUCAAAAACUUGCAGACGCUAGGAUUGCAAAUCAGUUCUAAACGUGGGAGCGAGAAGUCAUCCUUUUCUCAAAUGAAAGAAAAUUUGAAACGAACACUUUCAUCCAUAAUAGAAACAUAUCGAGCUUCAAUCAGCUUGUUGGCAUCUGUAGUCCAUUAUAGUUUUCUACCCAUAGCACUUUUCUGGCCAUACUUCUCAACAGCUUUGUUCAUUUACAAAUACAACUAUCGCGAGGAUUACAAGAAUUUUUAUAUCACGAAAGAAUUUCAAGCCAUAGAUCUGGAUUGCAUUCUCAAAGGCACCUCGAAGGUGUUACCUCUGACUAGCAAAGAACAGGAAACAUUUCUGCCAAGAACGGCAUGGAGGAUGACUGAGACUGAGCGGGGAGAUUUGAAAGUUUCUAUAGCUUUAACAAUGUUAGCAAUGUCAACACCUAUAAUCUUCAUGGUUCUAGACCAAUCAAUAUACUGGAUCCUCAUCGGAGUGUUUAAUGUUUUCGGUCAUACAAAAAUAGAAACUCCUCCCCAUUAUGAAAUCAAAGUGUCUGGAGAAGGAUAUACAGCUAAAUUACUUAAUUCUUUAUUAGAAACAUUCUCACCCAUCACAAGUGCCAUAAAGGACAGAGACCAACGGUGGAGGGCAUGCUUUGAUGAACCUACACCUCCUGACUACUUCGCUUAUCUUUUGAUGCUGGGCUUAUUUUUGAUAUGUCUUAUGCUUUGUCGAACAAAAGUCUGGCUCUCCCGGCAGUCAUUAGCUAUGGCAGACUAUUUCUAUCCUCACCGCGUUCGUCCAAGAGCUCUCUUCCUAUACAACAAAAUUCUCUCGGAAAGGAAAUCACUUAUGACUCUACUGAUAAGCCGCCAGAAGGCUAUUUUUGCUGACGAACAACAAAAAGGACGUGAACAACUUAUUCGUCAGAGCGUGCAAUCAAAAGGAUUAGCUAAAGUAAUAUGUACGAGAUGCCGAAAAACAGAUAUGAGUCUUGCCGAUCAAGCAAACACUCGUCUAUGUGUGGAAUGCGGUAGCUUUUACUGCAUUCAUUGCUUCUCGUUAACUCUGGAAUGCAAGGCAUGUUUAAAAAAUAUGCAGAUAAUAGAUGGCAUCGAGUUGUAUUAUGAGGAUAGAUCGGAUGAUGAAGGGGACAUUCCUUCACAUGAUGAUGAUUCUGAAAAAAAACAUGAUUCGAGUAGAGAGUAG